UGGACUGAUCACCGUCACUAGUCUUUCACGCACUUUGUUCGUGGUUGGUCGCGCAACGUAUUACUGGGUCUCAGUGAUAAUUUGGCGUUGUAGGUGCACAAUUUAAACCUUAUAUGCUCCCUACACAUAUAAUAUUACACAGAGAGACUCCACAAUUGUAUAGAAUUAAAAUCUUAACUCGUUCAAAUCGGUCCGAUUAUAUGAUUAUGGGUGAAGAUAUGUAAUUUGGACAGUUUUUGCGACAAUUAGUGACAAUUGUAGUGCGUUCACAUAAGUCCUCUCUCAUUUUUCGUGUGGUUCUUUUAUCAAUUUUUUCUCUUUCACUCUUUCGGACAAAUUGAUCCUUUGUGUACAUUUUUUUUACCGGAACGGGCACUACCGAAAUUUUUGAAUUUCUCGCACCCUCUUUCGACAUUCCGGAAUAAUUGUGUAACACACUUUCGCUGUUUUGUGCAACUCUAUUGCUGCAUUAUCAGUGAUUUUUUUUCGGAAAAUUUUUUGAACCGAAUCCGAAAAUUCCGCCGGAUCCGGUCGACGUACACGCGGUGUUCCAAAAGUGUUUGUGCAUCAUCAUCCACACAACAACUCUUAUUUUUUUGGAUAAAGUGACAGGAGAUUAAGUUUGAAGUGAGACAUUUGGUUCCGGAGUACCUGUGAUUCAUCAACUCCCAACGAGUUUCAGUUAUUUAUGAUCUGCAAUUAAUUAAAAUUUAAUGACUGCCGAGUGACACUGAAUCAAUUUGCUGAUGUGAUCAUAAAUAGGCACUCAAGUGGCCAAGAAUUUGCAGCGGUGUUGCACAAUUGGUUGCCGUCGGUGAGAUACAGCACCGGUGCUCAAGUCAGCUUCAGUGAAGUGCUAUUCUUUUGGGCUCAAAGCCUCCGAAAAAAAAUGCCACGUGAUUGAGAAAUUAAAACAAGUGUCCGGGCAACGAGACAGAUAUCUAAAACCUGAUAAUUGAAUACUAACGCUCCAGACAGUCCAAAGUGUGUUGCCCUGUUAAACAUUCAACCCUCAAGUGAUUUUGUGAUUUGAAAGUGUCUAACCCCCUGGAGGGUUCAGCUAUCAGGAUUUCCAACUGCAGCAGAGGCCCCCGUGGUGCCAGGCCUAAGGCUGUAGGUGGUGGUUUCCAAAGUGGUUCGACGUUUUUGUGUAACGACGGCGUCCGCGUACUUGUGAAAAGUGGCCUCUAUAGGCGCCAACACGCUCAAUUUCACAGACCUGGGGAGCCCUUACGAGGGCCCCCCGAGCACCCCGCAGUCGGGUAUGGACGCGCCGGAUGCCCCGCACACCCCCAAGUACAUAGAUGGGGGUGCGGCGACGGCGCCAGGAAAGUCGGCAUUUGUCGAACUACAACAACACGGGUACGGUGCCAUUCGGGGUGGUUACCAACACUUUGGAGCUCAGGGUGGUCAAGACUCCGGCUUCCCAAGUCCACGUAGUGCUUUAGGAUAUCCAUUUCCGCCAAUGCAUCAAAAUUCCUAUUCUGGCUACCAUCUCGGCAGUUAUGCACCGCCCUGCGCCAGUCCACCCAAAGACGAUAAAUGUGAAGAUUCUGGAUUACGGGUAAAUGGAAAGGGGAAGAAGAUGCGGAAGCCACGGACAAUAUACAGUUCACUGCAGUUGCAACAGUUGAAUCGACGAUUUCAGCGAACACAGUAUUUAGCAUUGCCCGAAAGAGCGGAAUUGGCCGCAAGUUUGGGAUUAACGCAGACACAGGUGAAAAUUUGGUUUCAAAAUAGACGGUCCAAGUACAAGAAGAUGAUGAAGGCGGCCCAAGCACCCGGAGUCGGCAGUGGUUUGCCUCUAGGAGCACCUAAUCCAGGCUCUCAUAGUCCUCAGCAUCAGGGUAUGCAUCCAGCAGGUGGAGGAAACGGUUCAAGUAGCGGCUCACCUCCACAUUUCCUACCUCCUGGACACAGUCCAACACCAUCGAGUACACCGGUAUCUGAGCUUUCACCAGGUCUGAGUCCGCCAGCUCAGGUACCGUGGAAACAGGAACCACCUCAUUGGGGCGACCACAAACAGCCCCAAAUGACAACACAGCCACCUCAUGCACCCCCUCAAGCGAUACAUGCACCCCAGAUGAGUGGUUAUGCUCCGCAGUAUUGGUAUCAGCCAGAAACAAAUCCGUCAUUACUAACCUACGAACGAUUUAUGACAACAUACACAUAAAUAGAGUAUGGCCUGCCGUUUAACACACAACAGUGACAUAUACAAGCACUUUAGAUAUUAAAAUAAUUUUACAUAGUGAAAAAUGUGAAUUGAAAAUUUUGAAAAUAAAAAAAAGAAACAUUAUUUUGAAAGAAAAGGACGGAAAAGGAUUCCUCUAUAAAUAAUUCUUUUGUUGAAUGCUGGACAUUAUUGUACAUUUUUGACCUCUGGCAGUUCCAUUGAGAAAUAAAUGAAUUUAUUGAGUUAUUUAAUGGUUUUAAUAAAAUCAUUAAGAGAGCAUAAAUGAAUCGUAAUAUAAAACAAAUAGUGUGUGGAUUGGAUGAGAAGAUAAUUUGAGAGCCUAACUUAAAUCUCUGAUACAAUGGCAGAUUUAUAUAGGAAAGAAAUUUGUAAAAUAUUUAAAUGGAUACAAGCGAGUAAUGUCUAUUUUUAGUUAGAUCUCAUUUCCAUGUAGAUUUUUUUUUCACAAUGUAUCGAGAAAAAAGUGUGGAUUGACAAACUCCGGAUUUUAGAACUAUUGAUAUUUUUUUUAGACUAAUAACUGAAACUGCUCUGUGCAAUAUAAAGUGAGAAAAUAAAGUAAAUAGAAAUAUUUAAAUGAAAAUUUUAAAAAAUUAUCAUUUGGGCUACAUUGUUUAGUUGAUUAAAUUGAAAAUUUCGAAAAAUUGAGGAAUGAGAAUUAAAAAAAAAGGAAACAGAAUUCAUGAAAAAUCUCUGGCUGUGAUAGAUAUUUCUUAAAACAGAUAAAAGAACAUUAAAAAUUUGAAAUAUUGUGAGCCAGAAAUUUUCAUCUUUCUCCUGAAGUUUCAAAAAAGAAUGGAGGUGAAUUUUGAAAUAACAAUGAUACAAAAUGUAACAAAUACAUUUAUAAUUUUCCGAGUAUUUGUAUUUCUUACUGUAAUAUAUUAGCUCUUAAAAAAAACAAACUGAAAUUACAAUUAAUAAGAGCCGGAAUGAUAGAGUACGCAAAAUUUUAAAUAAUUUCUAAAAAGAACAAAACUAGGAUUAAGAUAUAGAAAUUGAUUUAAUUUUAAAUGAAAUGAGUGCUAAGCUAUUCUUACUAUUGAUGGAAAAAAAAUGAACAAAACAAAAAUGCUAUAUGUAAAAUUUUCAAAUUUUCUUCAAAUUCAAACAACAAUUUGUACAAGGGUUCCAAAAUUUAUUUCUGAGCAUUAAUAAAAAUCUAAUUAACAGUAUUUUUUUAGAGACAAAUUCCAGUCUAUCUUUUUCUCGAAAAAAAAAGGAUAAAGAAAUUAAUAUGUAAAUUGCAAUGUGAUUCAGUUACAUAAACGAUAUAAAAGUAAGACGAUGGGAAAAGUUGAAAAAAAAAUGAAACAUAAAAAAUCUUUUCUGUAUAGAUUUUAAGGCAUAUUGUUUGUUUCAGAUAGAAGAAAAAAUGAAUGUAAAAAAUGAUGAAAAAGGUAUUAAAUAUUAUUACUACAAAA